GUUGGGGCGGAGUCAUUUCAAUAGACGGUCAGCCAACACAAGGAAAGUCACCCACAGUACUUGCUGCAUGAGCUUGUAACUUGUAUUUUAACGAGAAGAGUUAUUAUUUGACAGAAUUUCUCCAGUCGAGGUUGAUCCGUAUUCCACCGCUGCCAACAUGUCGGAUUUAGAGAGACUGAAGAUGACCGGCGCUGGGAAAGCUAUCGCCUUGUUGACAAGUGGUGGAGAUGCACAAGGAAUGAAUGCAGCUGUCCGCGCUGUGACCCGGAUGGGGAUAUUUGUUGGAGCCAAGAUGUAUCUCGUAUAUGAGGGCUACCAGGGUCUGGUGGAUGGAGGGGACAACAUCAAGCUGGCCCACUGGCAGAGUGUCACCAACAUCAUACAGCAGGGUGGCACGGUGAUCGGCAGUGCUCGCUGUAAGGUCUUCACCACGCGGGACGGUCGCCUGGCAGCAGCCUUUAAUCUGGUGAAGAGAGGCAUCACCAAUCUGUGUGUGUGUGGAGGAGACGGCAGCCUCACCGGAGCUAACAUCUUCAGGACCGAGUGGACUGGACUGCUGGCUGAACUGGUUCAGAAAGGCCGGAUCACCGACACCCUAGCGAAGCAACAUGAUCACCUGAACAUCGUAGGUUUGGUUGGAUCUAUAGACAACGACUUCUGUGGGACAGACAUGACCAUAGGCGCUGACUCCGCCCUACAUCGCAUCAUGGAGAUAGUGGACGCCAUCACUACCACCGCACAGAGCCACCAGCGUGCAUUUGUCCUGGAGGUCAUGGGACGUCACUGUGGGUAUCUAGCGUUGGUGUCUGCUCUGGCCUCCGGAGCAGACUGGCUCUUCAUCCCAGAGGCUCCACCAUUAGAGGGCUGGGAGGACCACAUGUGUGCCCGCCUGGAGCAUAGUCGCAGUAAGGGCUCCAGGCUGAACAUAGUAAUCAUCGCUGAAGGGGCCAUCAACAGAGCUGGUGAACCGAUCUCUUCAAGCUACGUCAAGGAUCUGGUAGAGAAGAGGCUGGGCUAUGACACCCGGGUGACAGUCCUAGGUCAUGUACAGCGAGGGGGAACACCCUCCGCCUUCGACCGGGUGCUGAGCAGUAAGGUGGGAGUGGAGGCUGUCGUCGCUCUGUUAGAGGCCACUCCAGAGACCCCAGCCUGUGUCAUCGGCCUGUCAGGAAACCAGGCUGUCCGCCUGCCUCUUGUGGAGUGUGUACAGAUGACUAAAGAGGUUCAGAAGGCCAUGAAUGAAAAGAGGUUUGAUGAAGCCAUCCAACUGAGAGGAAGGAGCUUUGAGAACAACUGGAACAUGUACAAACUGCUUGCCUUUCAGAAGCCUGCUGUUACCAAGAGCAACCACACGCUGGCGGUGCUGAAUGUGGGUGCUCCAGCAGCAGGGAUGAAUGCAGCGGUCCGGUCGGCUGUCAGAGUGGCGCUGGCCUACGGUCACAAGGUCUACUCUGUCAAUGACGGCUUCGAGGGGCUUGCCAAUGGAGCGGUGACAGAGAUCGAGUGGCACGGUGUGGCUGGAUGGACUGGCCAGGGUGGAUCUCUUCUGGGGACUAAACGAACCCUUCCCAGUACUUGCAUGCAGAAGAUCGUGGACACCAUCAACAAGCAUAAUAUCCAGGCUCUGCUGAUCGUUGGGGGAUUUGAGGCGUACGAAGGCGUGCUGGAGUUAUAUGAUGCUCGCGGUAGCUUUGACGAGUUGUGUAUCCCCAUGGUGGUGAUCCCUGCCACCAUCAGUAACAACGUACCCGGGACAGACUUCAGUCUGGGGGCAGACACGGCUGUCAACGCUGCCAUGGAGAGUUGUGAUAAGAUUAAGCAGUCGGCUUCAGGGACCAAGAGAAGGGUGUUCGUAGUGGAAACUAUGGGAGGCUACUGUGGUUACCUGGCAACCUACGCCGGUAUCGCUGUGGGAGCAGACGCUGCUUACAUCUUCGAGGACCCCUUCAACCUCCAGGACCUAAAGACUAACGUGGAGCAUCUCGCAGAGAAGAUGAAGGAAGACAUCCAGAGGGGUCUGGUGCUGAGGAAUGAGAAGUGUCACCUUCACUACACCACUGAUUUCAUCCACAAGCUGUAUUCUGCCGAGGGGAAGGGCAUCUUCGACUGUAGGGUCAACGUGCUGGGGCACCUCCAGCAGGGAGGUGCACCAACACCCUUCGACAGAAACUGUGGCACCAAGCUGGGUGUGAAGGCUGUGCAGUGGCUCACAGAGAAGAUGAUCAACAACUUCAGACAAGGUCGUGUGUUCGUCAACGCCCCAGACACAGCGUCUGUCAUCGGCUUCAGUAAGAAGGUCCUGUCCUUCAUCCCUGUGACUGAACUUAAGGCACAGACUGACUUUGAGCACCGGAUGCCCAAGGUCCAGUGGUGGCAGAACCUGCAUCAGAUUCUGAAGAUGUUGGCCAAGCACCAGACCAGCUUCAGCGAGUACGUCCCUGGAGAGAUAGAACAUGUGACCCGACGCUCUCUCAGCAUCGACACUGGCUUCUAGAACACAUACUAACCCUGGACUGUAGACACCAGCUUCUAGAACACACACUAACCCUGGACUGUAGACACCGGCUUCUAGAACACACACUAACCCUGGACUGUAGACACCGGCUUCUAGAACACAUAUUAACCCUGGACUGUAAACACCGGCUUCUAGAACACACACUAACCCUGGACUGUAGACACCGGCUUCUAGAACACAUACUAACGCUGGACUGUAGACACCGGCUUCUAAGCACUGGGCUCCAACCCUGGAAUGUCACUCCCAACUUGUCUGUCUUCCCUGUUUAUCUAAAAAGGGGUCCUUAUAUCUGUACUGUGUCUGAGACUACCUAGACAUCAGGCCCUUAUAUAUGUACUGUGUCUGAGACUACCUAGACAUCAGGUCCUUAUAUGUGUACUGUGUCUGAGACUACCUAGACAUCAGGCCCUUAUAUCUGGACUGUGUCUGUCGUCUAGUACACCAGAUGAUAUUUGGUCUAUACUGGUCACUAGUCUAUACUGGUUUAAAGACUAUACUGGUCACUAGUCUAUACUGGUUUAAAGACUAUUCUGGUCACUAGUUGGUCUAUACUGGUUUAAAGACUAUACUGGUCACUAGUCUAUACUGGUUUAAAGACUAUUCUGGUCACUAGUUGGUCUAUACUGGUUUAAAGACUAUACUGGUCACUAGUCUAUACUGGUUUAAAGGCUAAUCUGGUCACUAGUUGGUCUAUACUGGUUUAAAGGCUAAUCUGGUCACUAGUUGGUCUAUACUGGUUUAUUCUUUGCCAUUGUAAUGAAAAUGUUGUGCGACAAUCCAUCUGUUUUGUCAUCUUGUGGGACCUUGUCAUGUGUGUGCCUUGUCAUGUGUGUGCCUACAUGUAAUCCUGAACAAAUUACUGAUGCCUAUACAGUCAAAGUAGAACACUGGAAAUCAGCUAUUACUAUUCUGGAUGUGUCUGUCUGUACAAGAUGUUAAGAAUAGCAAUAGUCGCCAAAAUAGAAAUGUGAAUUAAUGUCAUUGUGAUUUAAAGAUGUAAUAUAAAGUAACGUCAUAAAUAAAAACAUUUGAAAGUUC